AUGAUUAGCAAUGACCAAUUCCUUCCAAGUGAGUGGGCAAUAACUAUUGUUAAUUUAAAAAAUAAAGUAACAACAGAACUUCAAAGCCUAGUUGUUAUAUUAACAUUAAAAGAAAUAAACGAUGAGUUAAUUGAGAAAUCAAAAGCUUUUUCUCAAUUAACUGAUCUUAGUAAUAAAGUCAAAGAUGCGUUUAGAGAGAAUGGAGUAAAGGAUAUUGUAGAAUUCCUUUAUCGUUGUAUGACUAAUGAACAUUUAGUAAAAGAUUCAUUAGAAUUGUUUGGGACAUUAGUUAGUUGGAUUGAUAUUUCAUUUUCAACUAAUUCAGAAUUUGUACAAAGGUUAUACAGUUAUCUUAAUUCUCCUAGCUUAUUUAAUCCAACAAUAUUUAUAUUUUCUGAAAUUAUUUCUAAAGGAAUGGAUCCUAUGGUAAAAUUGUCUUUAAUUCACUCAUUACAACUUAUUAAAUUCAUUCCAAUUCCAAAUAAUUCUAAUGAAGAUUCAUUUAUUUCUGUUUGUAAACUCUCUGGAGUUAUUAUUAAUGAAAUAUUAGCUGCUACAGAAAGAAAAUUUCCAGUAAAAGCUUUAGUAACUGGUAGAGUCCAAAUACAACCAGAAGUAUUUAAUACAAUUCAAGAAAUGCUUUCAAGUAAUUUUAUUUUCUUUGUUAAUCUCUUUCAACGGUCAACAUUAGAUAUGGCUAAAGAAUUCUCAAGUGGAAUCACUAAGGCAAUUAAUGACUUCUUUGCUCCUUUAUUAAAUAAAUUUAUUAUACCAAAUUCAUUAGUUGAAGUAGAAAGUAUGUUAUUACAAGCAUUAUACUCUAAAUAUCAAAUGUUCAUUAAAAAUGAAUUUGAUGAUGAUGGUAAUAAUGGUUCUGAUUUACUUAAUUGUUUAAAAACUAUUUAUCGUGCAUCGUCUGAUUUAGAUCAAAGUUGUUUAGUAUUACAACAAUUCUUACAACAACUAAUGACAUUUAACUUAAAGAAUCCAAAUGUAGAAAGUGUUUCAUGUCAUGCAUAUUUUAUAUUACAUUUUCCUGACAAAUUAAUGGCAAGACCAGAGACUGUUCAAUUCAUGACCCAACACGUAACAACAUUCGCACAACAAUUUAUUCGUUUUGUUGAUGUUGCUCCAGAACACUCUCCAAUUUAUCCAGCAAUCUCAAGAUUUUUAAAGUAUAUCUCAGGAGAUUGUUUAUGUGGAAUUAUCGAAUACUCUAUUGGUGUGAUUGAAAAAGGAAAAUGUUUUUCAGAAAUUAAAGACCUUGUUAGAGAAGCUCGUAGUAAUGGAAUGAACCCACGACAAGAAUGGAGUAUUAAAGUUGGACAAAUAGUUAAAAAUGUUGCUGAAACGAUAUGGAUAAAAAGAAAUGUAAUAGAUACCGUUGAUUUGUAUAGUAUAUUAUCUGAUUUAACUGAUAGUGGAUUAAGUAUUGUUAUUAAAGAAGUGUUUGGUCCAGAAAUUGAACAUUGUAAUUCACUUGGAAAUAAUGGAGAUAUUCAAUUUACUACACAAUACAUUGGUAGUAGAUUAAAGAAUGUUUCUGCAUUUCUUAAGAAAAAUGGAUUUACUAGUAGAAGAGAAUCAUUUACAUUAUACAAUGAAUAUUGUCCAAUUGUAGAACGAAUCAUUCGAGGAGAAAUUCAUUGUGAUAAGACACAAAUUAAAAAAUAUGUUGUUGAUUUUGUUCAAAUGUGGAUUGAAGCAAUUAAUCCAGAGUUUCAUAUUAUACCGUCAAUACAAGCAAUGUCUAAUUAUUUAAAUGAAAGUGUUAAUGAUAUAUUAUUAUUAGGAACAUUAAUUGUUCAUUUACUUAGUAAACAAAAUAAAUUGAAUGUAGUAAUUCUUGGAAAUGAAUUUAAAUUUGUUCUUCAGGGAUUUUUGAAUAGUCUUAAUGGAACAGAUCAAUUAAAUGAAACAAGUGAAUUAUUUAGAGAAAAAAUGGAUAUUGCUAAAACUAUCUUUUCAAUAAUGACUUUUCCACCACAAAUGUAUCAUAUAUUUAAUGAAUUUGAUUAUACUAUUUUCAUCAAGAAUAUUAUGUUUAUUAUUGAAAAACUAAGAUCAGAUGAAUUAGCUAGAAUGAUAGAAAAAUAUUGUAUGAAAUCUAUUGAAAUAUAUUUAAUGACAAAUGGAGAAAUUGGAAAAAACAUUGGAAUUAAUAUUUGGUUACAAUUAUUUACUCAAAUUAUAAAUAGAGUAAGACUUACAAAGAAUUAUGGAAUGAGCUUUUGCAUUGUAGAAGGAUUUAAGUCUUUAGUUGGAUUAAUACAAAAAUAUCCAGUUUUAAUAGAAAUGAUUAAAUCAUUCAUUUCAACUUUACCUUCUGAUAAACAACAAUGGGUAUCAAUAUUUUAUUCAACACUAAUUCAAUGCCAAAAUGUGACUGUCCCACAAGUGAUGAAUUUAUUAAAAGGAUUUAUUUGA